AUGUCCCCACACUUACUACAGUCACUGUUCACUAUAUUCUCAUCCCUGUCCAGUAUAAUAGCCGAUGAGGUUGUAUCCAAGUUCGAUACUCGUAUACAGGUCCUUCGAGAGGUGGUAGCAGUAUGUGCAGAGACAUCAUCAGAAGAGGAGACUCUGAAGAGGCAUCAUACUAUGAUGGCUAUCAACAACAACAAGAGGAUAGUGUGA